AUGGGUAGAGGUUUGCAUCAAGAAGUUGGUAUUUCUAGAGCUUGCGAUACUCGUUGGGGAUCUCACUUCAAAUCUUUUAAUUGUUUUAUUCUCAAGUUUGGUACAAUUAUGGACAUUCUUGAUAAUAUUGUUGAAACUGCACAUUCUAUGGAUGAAAGAUCCAGGGCAACAGGAUAUAUCAGAAUUGCUCAAACUUAUGAUGUUGCAUUCAUGUUGCAUUUGAUGAAAGAAGUUUUAGGAAUUACUAAUGAUCUUAGUACAUGUUUACAAAAAAAGGAGCAAGACAUUGCAAAUGCCAUGCUACUUGUUAAAGUGGCCAAGAGAAGGCUACAAGAGUUGAGGGAAAAUGAAAGAUGGGAUUUAUUUGUUGUUGAGGUUUCUGCAUUUUGUAUCAAGUAUAAUAUUGUGGUGCCUAAUUUUGAUGAGCCGUAUGUUAAUUCUGGAAGAUCACGGCGUAAAUCUGCUGAUUAUAUUGUUUUUCAUUAUUAUCGUGUUGAAGUAUUUUGUAAAAUAAUUGAUUGGCAAUUGCAAGAACUCAAUGAUCGUUUUGAUGAGGUAACAACCGAGUUGCUUUAUGGAGUUGCUUGUUUGAAUCCAGUAGACUCAUUUUCAAGUUUUGAUAUCUAG